AUGAAGAUCUUUGUGCAAGUAGUAGAUUACAGACUCUGGAAGAUUGUCCUAGAAGGUUCUCAAUUUCUAACCACCACAAGUACUGAAGCAGUAGUUUCUCUCAAAGGCGAAGCCAAUUGGACUGAAGAAGACAGAAAAAAGGUGGAGUUCAAUGCCAAGGCUAUCAACUUGCUCAAGUGUGCAAUCAGCUUUGAGAAAUACCGACGGGUAUCACGAUGCACAACGGAAGGAGAAUCAAUAGAUGAAUUGUUUGAACGGUUCAACAUUAUCAUCAAUGGCUUGGAUGCUAUGGGAAUUACGUAUCCUGAAUUUGUGCUUGUGAGGAGAAUAUUGAGAAGUCUCACUAAAGAGUGA